AUGGGGAAGCCGCGCAUGAUCAUCUUGAUCCGCCAUGCGCAGUCCGAGGGCAACAAGAACCGCGACAUCCACCAGUUCAUCCCCGACCACCGUGUCAAGCUGACGCAACAUGGCUGGACUCAGGCCGAGGAAGCAGGCCGCCAGCUGCGCUCCCUGCUGCGACCCGACGACACGCUGCAGUUCUACACAUCGCCGUACCGUCGGACGCGCGAGACGACCGAGGGGAUCCUGCGAACGCUGACGUCCGACGACCCGACCCCGUCGCCGUUCCCGCGCAACAAAAUCACCGUCUUCGAGGAGCCGCGGCUGCGCGAGCAGGACUUUGGCAACUUCCAGCCGUGCUCGGCCGAGAUGGAGAGGAUGUGGCAGGAGCGCGCCGACUACGGCCACUUCUUCUACCGCAUCCCGGACGGCGAGAGCGCGGCCGACGCGUACGACCGCGUCAGCGGCUUCAACGAGAGCCUGUGGCGGCAAUUCGGCGACGAGGACUUUCCCAGCGUGUGUGUGCUGGUCACGCACGGCCUCAUGUCGCGCGUCUUCCUGAUGAAGUGGUACCACUGGUCCGUCGAGUACUUUGAAGACCUGCGCAACGUCAACCACUGCGAGUUCAUCGUCAUGAAGCAGAGCGACGCCAACAAGAAGUUCGUCCUGCAGAACGAGCUGCGGACCUGGUCCGAGCUGAAGCGUCGCGCCGCCGCCGCAGGAGGCGGCGAGCCAAAGUCGACGACGCCCAGCAGAACACACUCGCACUCGGCCCUCGCCGCGGCCGCCGCCUCGCCAGUCAUACCCGUGCGGCGCUGGGGCGGCUGCGUCAACGGCUGCGACCACGACAAGGUCAACUGGCCGACACGGCCCAUGAGGCGGAGCACAAUGGAGUACCUCGGACAGCCAUCCCUCUCCGAGCCCGUGACCACAGCCAGCCCGCCCAUGGAGGAGCAAGAAGACGUCGCCGCGGCCGCGGCCGCGGCCGCCCCCCCCGCCAUCGAAGAACCCGCCCCCUCCAAGCUGGGCCGCAAGCACACCGCAAAGCUGCCCAUGACCCCCGCCUCGCCCAACGACGCCUCCAACGACGCCACGAGCGACGAGGAGCCGCGCAACCCGGCCGUCCCCCGCGCGAGCGCCGUCCUGAGGCACCUGCAGCCGCCGCAUCGCGCGCCCGGCGAGGGCGCCAGCGACGACAGCGACUACUUCCCCGGCAUGCAGCGCCUGGGCCCGGCCGUCGGCGGCAAGGGCAAGCUGCGCGCGAGCAGCCGCCAGCGCCAGGCGAGCAAAGAGCGCAAGCUGGCCCGCAAGCAGACGGAGCAGAGCUGGAAGGCAGAGAGCGGCAUGGGCAGCGGGCGGCGCGCCGACACGCUCGGCGACGGCGACGAGGAUCCGUCGGGUAACGCGCAGGCGCAGAGUGCAGACGCCGGCGACGGCGACGGCGACGGCGACGGCGAACCGAUACUCCGCGAGGCCCUGAAGGGCGACAUGCAGGUCGAGCACCACGCCGCAGAGCCAGCGCAGGCCGAGGACAAGAUGGCGCCGAGCGACGUGGAGCGGUUGGAGGAGAAGGAAGGCACGGUGCGGGAACAGGUCUAUUGA